GAUGGCCUUGCAGUACCAGCGAACAUUCAUCAACUUCGAGGAGAGUUGCGGACCCGUGCACAUGAAAACAUGCUGGCAUACAACAAAAAACAAGUUCCAGAACGUUGAGCGCUGGUACCUGAAGAAUGCGCAGAAGGAGAACGAUGGAACCCGAAACCAGCGCAGUUCUAGUUUGCCGCCCUCGUUGAAUUGCAAGGCUAACGAUGCUUGCUCAGAGAAGUACGUGGACGGAUUGCUCCAUAAAACUGGAGAGAACUACGAGUGGCCCAUUGAUGCGCAGGGGAACACGUCCAAGGGCAGCCUUGGGCAUCCUGAAGUUUGUGGCCGUUUUUGCAUCCGCUUCUUCUACCGCAAUUGUCGACAAGGGGAAAAUUGCGAGUUUUGCCACCUGGCACACCGAGAGCCGAAAGUGAAGAUGGACAAGGCGCAGCGGCAACUUUUUGAAACGAUGGGAGAGGCAGAGGUUCUUUCCCUUGUGCUGCCCCACAUUGAGAGGAGGUGCGGAAGAAAUGGCUUGAACAAGCAGAUGCUAUUCGUGAUCCACAUGCUUCGACAACGCUUGACAUCAUUGCCUCACCCCGAUGACAACCAUGUUCUCCAUGCUCGAGCCGUCAUUCCAAUCUUGCGCAAGUUCACUGUGGCACGCCUCCUGGAACUCAUCCGACAGAGUCCUGCAUUUCCAUCAGGAUUCAAGGAGGACUUGAAGAAACUUGUGGAUCGUUCCCUCGGCCGUUAGUGAGAGACCCGCAAUUUGCCCAGCUGCAGGUCUUGGUGUGGAGGCAUCCCCGUUUGGUUUGCAUUUCUGACAGGACCGGCAGAUACUCGAGAGUUUGCAUCACAAGUCCAAUCUUUCAUUUAUACAUUUUUUUUGCCCAGAUGAGCCACGUGCACCAUUUAACCCACUUGUAGGAAGGCUUGAGUGACUUCCUCUCCAAGUGCGGGUCUGGAAAAGCAUCAUUGUGGCAAGCCCCUUCUGUGGUAGCUUGCAAAGACACCGUUGCAUGUUGAAACACCGAAAGACUUAUUUAGCAUAGGCGUAGGUUGAGAGGUUCAUGACCUGAAGAUUUUGGUUGGCCCAUCCCAGCACUCACAUGAUGUGUGGCUGAAAGGCUUUGUGACCGGGGGCCAACCAGUUAUGUUUUCUCGAUUGAUUUCUCUUGAUUCCGCCUUUAAAUAGUAUAGACUGCUCGAUGCUCCUGACAAUCGAAGAACUUUCCCAUGUCUUCUUCUUGGUAAUCGUUGAAUACUGUGGAGGUGGUGGUGUUGAAUGGUG